AUGCGAUACUGGCUGAUCGUCUUCCUCGUUGGGGCCGCGUCGGCGGUUCCGAUAUUUCCGCGGGACGAGCAGGCUCUAAAUGAAACUCCUCGACCGUCAUUUGCAUUGGCCGAAAAGGAGGCAGCAGGCGUCGAAAAAGUGCCGAUCUCGCAGGGCGAUGGAAGCUCCGGGGGCAUCAUGAAAUUCGUCGAAUCGGUAGCCAACCACCCAGUUCUCGCCAAGGUCUGGAAAUUCGUGGAAGAAGCCGUCAAGCCUACAACUACACCUAGCCAAGUUGUAGCUGCAAACCAGGACAACCGACCACGAUCUGUCGCUAGGGCUGUCCCGACAAGCAAGGUCAGGAAGCUGCCGGCUGGGCGCUUCGUGCAAGAUGACGCUGAGAGAUUUGAGGCUUCGCUCAGCAAGGAUGACUCGGCGGUUAGCUUGCAGCAAGACGUGAAGCCGGGCGCUUCUGGCAAAAUCACGGACCAAGUCUGGUCCAAGCAGCUGUUCGGUGAGCGCGGUGUCCUGACGGAGAUUUUCCACCUGAUGGACGAACAAAGGCGCGCAGCCGAGGCGAAUGCCCCUCAUGAAGCUGGGAAGCAGGCUGACUCAUCCCAGCAGAGCGACAGCUCACCCAAGAUUGGAGCCAACGGCAAAUUCGACCUCGCGAAAAUUUUCGACCAAAUCUUCUCCGGCUCCGCGAAGGGGCAACUUGGCGACUCGGAAGGGACAGGUGGUCAACUACCAGAGUUCUUUGGCCUGUGCAACCGGCUCAGCUGCGGCGACAUCUACAAGGCGAUCGAUCAGUUCCGGAAAUCGGAGUUUUUCUCGAAUUUCCAGACCGGACUCCACCUGAUCCAAGACCCGAAAGGCUGGGAAAUCAUCGGGAAAGCCCUCGAAAACCCGGAACUCAUCAGCGAAUUUACCGGAAAUUCCGGCCUCAAAGAAAUGUUCGGCAGCGCCCUCGGGGGUGGCGAUGGCGAGAAGGAGAAGACCGCCGAAAAGUCAAAGACGCAGAUAAUGCCCGAGGACGGGGACUUUGGCACGGAUUUUACGGAUAUAGCCGACGGAUUGAAGCCGAAAAAUAAGGUCGGCGAGGAGCCGGACGUUGCCUUUUCCAUUGACGAGGUCAAGGAGACGUCGUCGGGCGGGAAUGCGGAUUAUUAUAGCGAAUUGACUAAAACUAAAGAGGAAGUGGUGGUGGAUCAUGUCGAUGUGGACACGGUGGUGGAACCGGUGGUGCAGAAGCGGGAUGAAGCCGUGCCGGCGUCGAGGGCGAUUGAAAAAUCCGAUGGCGGUCUCCCCGAGCUCUCGUUCUCCGUAGAUGAAGAUGAGAAUGGGGAAUCUUUGGUCAUCGAGAAAUCGAUAGAUGUGGCUCCUCCGAAAAAGGACAUCUCAAUUCCCAUUCCCAAGACAACACCCCGGCCACUGCAACAACGCGUAAUUCGGGUCACCAACAGCACAGUCCCUCUAAAAAUCUCAAAACUUACAACCAAAUGGGUACCCCCAACCAGCACCAGCCCGGCAACGACUCGGCGCAAUUUCCGGAAAGAUAACGACUACUAUUCGAUGUAUUACGAUUCGGGG